ACUAAAAAAAAUCAGUAAAGUAAAAAUAGUUUUUGUAAUCUGUAGUAAAUUAAAAAAAAAAACUUCUCCAUGUUUCCAGACUACGAUUGAAUUGCGUUAAAUUUCCUUUUUUUAUAAUUCUCUUGUGAAAAAUUUAAUUUCAAUUCUUUAAAAGCGAGACAAUAAAAAUGAGCUGCCCGAUUAACGACGAGCAUAUAGUCCAGUUGAAGGUUUUCGUGGAGCUCUGCAAAAAUCAACCUCAAAUCCUUCAACAUCCAAAGUUAACGUUCUUUAAAGAUUACUUGACUUCACUUGGGGUCACACUACCUACCGCCACAUUUGGUGCUAAGAAUUUUGCCCAGUCUGGUGACACGAAUACUGAUACUAAUAAACCUGAGGACAAUGCACAAUCAUCUAAUGAUGAAUCUGAACCAGAAUCUGAGGUAGAAUUGGAUAUGGAAGGUGUCAUUGAACCAGAUCUAACAGAUGAAUCACAGACUAUGGGUGAUUCGGCAAGGGAAGUAACAGACGAGGAGCGUGAUCAAUCUGAUGAAAAACGCACAGAAGCUAUGAGAGCAUUCUCUGAGCAACAGUUUGAUGAAGCUAUUAAAUUAUACAGUGAGGCCAUACAAUUAAAUCCACAGAGUGCUUUAUUAUUCGCAAAGAGAGGACAGAUCUAUCUGAAACUGAACAAGCCAAAUGCCUGUAUUAAGGAUUGUACACGAGCGCUUGAACUCAACUGUGAUAGUGCUGCAGCAUACAAAUUUCGUGGACGUGCCUAUAGGUUAUUAGGAAAAUUUGAAGAAGCCUCUCAUGAUCUCUGCGAAUCACUGAAGAUUGACUAUGAUGAUCAAACUAAUGAAUGGCUGAAUGAAGUGAAACCAAAUGCUGAAAGACUACGUCAACACAAGCUCAGUGCACAGCGUAAAAAGGAAGAGAAAGAGCACCGUGAAAAAGUGCGACGUGCUCGCAAGGCACAGGAAGCACGAGCUCGGGCCGCGCAUGCACGCGAAGCGGACUCGAGAGGAUCUGGCGCCGGAGCCGGCGCCGGUUUCCCCGGAGCCGGCGCUGGUUUCCCCGGCGGAUUCAACCCACAGGACUUCAGCAACUUACUAUUCGACCAGGAGAUCAUGGCCGCCUUUCAGGAUCCAGAAGUUGCUGCAGCAUUUCAAGAUGUCUCAUCAAAUCCAGCUAAUUUCAUCAAAUAUCAAAAUAAUCCUAAAAUUGCUGCUGUUAUAGAGAAACUACAAAAUAAAUUGGGCAAAGGUGGUGCAGGAGGACCCUUCUCAGGUGGUUUCCCAGGUUUUGGAGCCGCUGGUGGACCUGGUGCUGGUGCCAAGCCUCCAACUGACGAUGACGUUGGUCUCGACUAAAGAAUUUUACAUAUAUAUUCCUUGCAUUUAUAUAGCAACAUGAAGCAAAUUACACGCAUCGUAAAGAUAUGGACGCCUUAAAUAUUUUUUUUAAUAAUUAACCAUAUAUCUUAUAGUACUAGAUCGGUGCUGGGGGUCUAUAUGGUAAUUAAUAUUUACUAAUUUAUGUUAUUGUAUUUCAUUGAAUAAAGUAUUAGCUUUACAUUAUUAAAAACUGGGACUGAUGUAAAUUUAAUGCCAAAAGAUUGAAUGUAAUGUUUUCUUUCUUUCUAUAUUAUGUAUAAUUACCAUCAUUAUUCUAGCCGCAUUUCCAAUUUGUUUUCCUUAUUUUGUACCAUGUCAAGAUUACUCUAAUUCGAAGUUAAUAAAAAUUUCUAACUUAUUGUUAAGAUAUUACCCAAAACAUAAAAAAUCUCAUGAAAUUAUUAAUCCUUUCUUGGAUAUCCUACAAGCCGAUAAUAAACAAUCUAAGUAAUAUUCGCUACUAUAGUAUAACACUAUUCUUAUUAUAGCAAUAAUAGAUUGCCUUGAUACAGAUAAUAAAAAAAAAAUUAUAUUCUGUUAUUAUCGGCAUAUAAUACAAGUGCAUGCAUUUCAAUAAACUAGGAAAUAAUGCCAUUUAGUUGCACUUUACAUUUAAUUAUUAUAAUAUAGACUUAAUAAUUUCAUAUUUGAAAAACUUUAAAUUUUCUCAAUAAUGUUAUUUUUUGUGUUAUUCAUUAUGAUGAAUAAAUAUUAUGCAAAUA